AUGAAACUACUUAACAUCAUAGGGAGUUUGUUGCUCCUCGUUGUUAGUGGUGUACUUGGUAAAACACAUACAUUUCAUUUUAAUGCAACCUAUGUUCAAGCAAAUCCCGACGGACUUCAUGAAAGACGAAUGAUUGGAUUCAAUAAUGCAUGGCCAAAUCCUACUAUACGCGUUAAAAAGAGCGAUAGAGUUGAAAUAUACUUAACUAACUUAUUAGAAGAUAGAAACACGUCAUUACAUUUCCAUGGAUUGUUUCAAAAGGGAUCUAAUGCCAUGGAUGGACCAGAAAUGGUAACUCAAUGUCCAAUAGCUCCAGGACAAACAUUUAUAUAUAAUUUUACGGUUGACGAUCAAGUGGGUACUUAUUGGUAUCAUUCCCAUUCUGGAGCUCAAUAUGGUGAUGGUUUAAGAGGAGUGUUCAUCAUUGAAGAUGAUGAUUAUCCAUUUGAAUUUGAUCAUGAAGAUGUUAUUACUCUUGGAGAACAUUAUCAUAAAGAAACUCCAGAGAUCUUGAAAUCAUUUAUGAGUAGGUAUAAUCCAACUGGUGCUGAACCUAUCCCUCAAAACUCAUUAUUAAAUGAAACUAAGAAUUCAACAUGGUCAGUUGAACCAGAUACUACUUAUUUAUUAAGAAUUGUCAAUGUUGGACUUUUCACAUCUCAAUAUUUCUACAUCCAACAUCAAUCGUUAACUAUUGUUGAAAUAGAUGGGGUUUAUGUUGAACCAGUCAUGGUGGAUUCAAUCUAUAUAUCUACUGGUCAACGUUAUUCAGUGUUGGUAAAAACUAGCAAAGCUGCUGAUUUGAAUGAACGAAUGGUUAAUAUUAUUGAUUAUGAAAUGUUAGAUGUCCUUCCACCUGAUUUAGAACUAGUAUCUACAAGUUGGGUUCAAUAUAAUAAAUCAGCAGUAUUACCAGCACCAUUGGCUAAUCAUAAUUAUUUUGACUUCAUUAAAGCUUUGAAUCCAGUUGAAGAAUUUGAAUUAGUACCUUUGCACAAGGAAUUAAUUCUUCCAGAUGCAGACUAUAAAAUUGAACUUAAUUUUACCAUGGAAGUUUUGGGUGAUGGUGUAACAUAUGCUUUGUUUAAUAAGCAUACUUAUGUACCACCUAAAGUUCCUACGUUAUUGUCAGUAUUUUCAGCUGGAGAAUAUUCAGGUGGUGAUUUUAGUACUAUAUCAGAAAUUUAUGGAUCAAAUACAAAUUCAUACACUGUCCGUAAUAAUGAAAUUAUUGAAAUUGUGUUAAAUAAUUUAGAUCCAGGUAAACAUCCAUUCCAUUUACAUGGUCAUACUUUCCAAGUAAUUGCCAAAUCACCAGAAGGGACUGAAGAAGAACCUAAUUUGUUUAAUCCAUCCAAUAUUACAUUUCCCGAGUAUCCUAUGAUUCGUGAUACUGUGCAAGUAAAUCCUAAUGGUUAUAUAGUUCUUCGAUUCAAAGCUGAUAAUCCAGGAGUAUGGUUUUUCCAUUGUCAUGUUGAUUGGCAUUUGGAACAAGGUUUAGCCAUUACAAUAAUUGAGGCACCUGAUUAUAUCCAUAAACAACAAUCAUUAACUGAAAAUCAUCUUAAUGCCUGUAAGGCUGCAAAUGUUCCUUAUAAAGGUAAUGCGGCAGGUAAUUUUGGUGAAUCUCACACGGAUUGGUCAAACUUACAUGGAGAAAAUACCCAAUUCCCACCAUUACCAGCAGGAUUUACUACAAAGGGAUAUAUUGCUAUGCUCGUAUGUUCUUUGGCAGCUGUUUAUGGGGUUUAUUCCAUUUAUAAAUAUGGUAUGGAAGAUGUAAAUACAGAAAACACUGAGAAAAUGAUUAAUAAAUUGUAUGAGUUAUUAGCCGAACAUGAUGGACAAGAUGAGUCGGCUAUGUUUAGUUUAAACAGUAAUGGGCAAGCAGUAGAGCAUUAG